UUCCCCGUGUCUCCUAGGAUGGAUGUGUGUGGCUGGAAAGAAAUGCAGGUCGCUCUGGUCAAUUUCGAUAACUCGGAUGAAAUCCAGGAGGAACCAGGUUACACCACAGACUUUGACCCAACCAGCUCAAAAGGCCGUCCUGGAAGCAGCCCCUUCUCCAACUGGAGAAUCCUGGUCAGUGAUGGCACAAACCACGAGACGGCCUUCACCAAGCUGCCAGCAGAUAGUGUGGAUGGCCCAGGGCCGGAGUCAGGGGUCCUGAGUGAAGGGACCCAGAGGGUCAUCAUCAACAUCGCUGGACUGCGGUUCGAGACUCAGCUCAGAACCCUCAACCAGUUCCCGGAGACGCUGCUGGGAGACCAGGAAAAGAGGAUGCAGUUCUUUGACUCCAUGAGAAAUGAGUAUUUCUUUGACCGGAACCGGCCAAGCUUUGACGGCAUUCUGUAUUAUUACCAAUCUGGCGGCAAAAUCCGGCGCCCGGCCAAUGUCCCAAUCGAUAUCUUUGCUGAUGAGAUCUCCUUCUACGAGCUGGGGAGCGAGGCCAUGGACCAAUUCCGGGAGGACGAGGGCUUUAUCAAAGACCCUGAAAUCCCACUCCCCACCAAUGACUUCCACCGGCAGUUCUGGCUCCUCUUUGAGUACCCCGAGAGCUCCAGCGCUGCCCGAGGUGUGGCCGUGGUCUCCGUGUUGGUAGUGGUCAUCUCCAUCACCAUCUUCUGCCUGGAGACACUCCCUGAGUUCCGGGAGGAGAGGGAACUGAAAGUGAUAAGGGACCCAAGCCUCAACAGCAGCAAGACGCCCCUCCCGCACACCAUGUUCACCGACCCUUUCUUCAUGGUGGAGUCCACCUGCAUCGUGUGGUUCACCUUCGAACUGGUACUCCGUUUCGUGGUCUGCCCCAGCAAGACCGACUUCUUCCGGAACAUCAUGAACAUCAUCGACAUCAUCUCCAUCAUCCCCUACUUCGCCACCCUCAUCACCGAGCUGGUCCAGGAGACCGAGCAGAGCGCCCAACAGAACAUGUCCCUGGCCAUCCUGAGAAUCAUCCGCCUGGUGCGGGUCUUCCGCAUCUUCAAGCUCUCCCGCCACUCCAAGGGGCUGCAGAUCCUGGGCCAGACCCUGAAGGCUUCCAUGCGGGAGCUGGGGCUGCUCAUCUUCUUCCUCUUCAUCGGUGUCAUCCUCUUCUCCAGCGCCGUCUACUUUGCCGAGGUGGACGAGCCUGAGUCCCAUUUCUCCAGCAUCCCUGAUGGCUUCUGGUGGGCUGUGGUCACCAUGACAACCGUAGGCUAUGGGGACAUGUGCCCCACCACCCCAGGAGGGAAGAUUGUGGGUACCCUGUGUGCCAUUGCCGGAGUCCUCACCAUCGCCCUCCCUGUGCCGGUCAUUGUCUCCAACUUUAACUACUUCUACCAUCGGGAGACUGAGAAUGAGGAAAAGCAAAACAUCCCCGGAGAAAUUGACAAGAUCCUCAACAGUGGCUGCUCGCAGAUGGGGAGCUCCGAGUUGCUGAGUAAGACCAACAGUGGCUGCUCUGGAGGGAAGUCCAGAAAGUGA